AUGCCCGGUACGAGGUUACUGUCAAGAAAAGCAGCUGGAUAUGAAACAGUUGAAGCUCGAGAAAGUGUAUCAAACAAAAACACAGAAAUUAACAGCGAGCACACUGCUGGGGUUGACGAUUCUAUGAGCAAUCAACAAACACAGCUAAAGCCACAAACACAAACAUCACACCAAAACCAAAAUCCCAACGCUAAAACAGAUAAUAUGAAGCAGCUUGGGUUCGAAAACACAAAGCAAAUGAUGCAAGUACAACCCUCAUUCAUCCAACAGUUGAACCACCAAGGAGGACAAAACCACCAAACAACAAUGAAUCAAAGUCAACACGGAAUGAUGAGUCACCCAAACAUGCAGAUGCAAAUGAAUCACCCAGGAUUCCCGCCGAUGAUGGGAUUUCAAAUGUUCCAGACUCCAAUUAACACAAUUAACACCAUGAACAGUAUGAACGAGUUUGCAUACGUACCACCAAUGAGGUUCUCGAGUAAGGACCUGGGAGGGAUGGAUCAAAUGACGCCACAGGCAGUACUGGGACGCCUGGGAGGGCACCAAAUGCCGGCGGCGACAUUCGCACCGCAGCCGCCGCCAGGACAGUACGGAAGCGCAGCACAUUACAGCCAGUUCUUCGAUAAAAAGGACGACACAAAAACAGACCUGGGGUACCUGGAGUACUCAGGAGGAGUAGUCUACGACAACGGCUCGUACUCAAACGGAGGAAGAUGGCUGACAUUCUGGGAGUACAAGGGAAGAAUAUGGAGAAAGUCGUUCCCAGUGUCACUCUUCGGAAGCCAGGGAGCAAAGGAACUGGCGGAAAACUUCUGGGUGAGUAAGAUGAGAGCAAUACAACUGUUCAACCGCCACAAACACGAAAAGAUACUCAAGGCAGAAAAAAAAACGGAAAGCAGAGGAAGAAAGAAGAAAAUGACGCAGACGCAAGAAGGACCGAUCCCACACCUGAGUUUAGACCCGACGCUGGCAGCACAGUACAUCAUGCAGGACCAGUCGAAGAGAGAGAAGGAAAUGGCGAAAAAGGAAGCAGCAGAAGAAGAAGCGUCAGACUUUAAAGCAAGAGAGCCGAGAGUAGUGAAGGCGGACACAGAAGGAUUGACCUGGGACGCAGAAAAGAACACAUGGUCGUUCGAAAAAGUCGAAGACAAUGAGCUGACAACGUUUAAACUAGAGUGCACAAACAGAAACGAAGGACUCGAAAAAAUAGUGGCACUGCGCGAAGAGUACGAAACGAACCUGCUGAAAGAGUACGUGGAGCCAGGAAAGUCUAAAGGACUGGUCUACGAUAAGGCGAAGAUGAACUGGAAAGUGACACACUGGAUACCCUCCAAGGGCAUCAAGAGGAACAAGCUGUUCAGCAUCACGAAACUGGGCUACAAACAGGCACUGGAGGCAGCGCUGGCGUACAAAGAGGCAGUGGAGGAGGCGGGAGGAGAGGAGCCUGAGGACGCGACGCCGGACCCGGUGCCGCAGGAUGAGCUGUUCAGAGACCCGAUGGUGGAGCACUACCACAACGUGCUGAGGUCAAUCGCCGUGAGACAGGUGAAGGACGGCCUGUCAUAA